UCACAUUUGAUCUUCACAGCAGUCCUGUGAGGUAUCAUAUCUUAACGAUAUUGACGGAGAUUCUGUCAUUAUGGGAAACCAGCUGGCUGGCAUCGCCCCCUCCCAGAUCCUUUCUGUGGACAGCUAUUUUUCAGACAUCCAUGAUUUUGAAUAUGACAAAAGCCUUGGGAGUACUCGGUUUUUUAAAGUUGCUCGAGCCAAGCACAGAGAAGGUUUGGUGGUGGUGAAGGUCUUUGCAAUUCAGGAUCCAACAUUACCUUUAACUAGCUAUAAACAGGAACUGGAAGAGCUGAAAAUAAGGCUUAAUUCAGCCCAGAACUGUUUGCCCUUCCAGAGGGCCACAGAAAAAACAUCUGAAAAAGCAGCUCUGCUCUUCAGGCAGUACGUCCGAGACAACCUCUAUGAUCGAAUCAGUACCCGUCCAUUCUUAAAUAAUAUUGAAAAGCGGUGGAUUGCUUUCCAGAUCUUGACUGCUGUGGACCAAGCUCACAAGUCUGGGGUCCGGCAUGGGGACAUCAAAACUGAAAAUGUCAUGGUAACCAGUUGGAAUUGGGUUCUUCUAACAGACUUUGCCAGUUUUAAACCUACUUAUCUUCCAGAAGACAACCCUGCCGAUUUCAACUAUUUUUUUGACACAUCGCGGAGGAGAACUUGCUAUAUAGCUCCGGAGCGCUUUGUUGAUGGUGGCAUGUUUGCCACCGAGUUAGAGUGCAUGAAAGAUCCUUCCACCCCCUUAGUGGACUUGACGAACAGCAACCAGAGGACGAGAGGGGAGCUGAAGCGUGCCAUGGACAUCUUUUCAGCAGGUUGUGUGAUAGCUGAGCUAUUUACUGAAGGGGUCCCACUGUUUGACUUAUCCCAGCUUUUGGCUUAUAGAAAUGGACAUUUUUUCCCUGAACAAGUGCUAAACAAAAUUGAAGACCGCAGCAUCAGAGAAUUGGUGACCCAGAUGAUCCAUUGUGAGCCUGAUAAACGUUUAGAGGCAGAAGAUUACUUAAAGCAGCAGCGCGGCAAUGCUUUCCCUGAAAUAUUUUACACGUUCCUCCAGCCUUACAUGGCCCAGUUUGCUAAGGAGACCUUCCUCUCUGCUGAUGAGCGUAUCCUGGUCAUAAGGAAGGAUUUGGAUAACAUCGUCCACAAUCUGUGUGGUCACGAUCGAACCGAAAAAGCUGAGGGCGAGACGAAGGAGAAUGGGCUGGUGAUUUUGGUGUCUGUCAUAACUUCCUGUCUUCAGACCCUCAAGUCCUGUGACUCCAAGCUGGCUGCUUUGGAGCUCAUCCUUCACUUGGCCCCAAGGUUAAGUGUGGAAAUCCUUCUGGAUCGCAUUACGCCGUAUCUUCUGCAUUUUAGCAAUGACUCUGUGCCUAGGGUGAGGGCAGAAGCUGUGAGGACACUCACCAAGGUUCUGGCUCUUGUCAAAGAGGUGCCCCGCAAUGAUAUCAAUAUCUAUCCAGAGUACAUUUUGCCAGGAAUAGCACAUUUGGCUCAAGACGAAGCGACUAUCGUCAGGCUGGCUUACGCCGAAAACAUAGCAUUACUGGCAGAAACAGCUCUGAGAUUCCUGGAGUUGGUACAGCUGAAAAAUCUCAAUAUGGAAAAUGACCCGAAUAGUGAAGAAUUAGAUGAAGUGACACAUCCCAGUGAAAAUUAUGACACAGAACUCCAAGCUUUACAUGAAAUGGUCCAGCAGAAAGUUGUCACCUUACUGAGCGACCCAGAGAAUAUUGUGAAGCAAACCCUGAUGGAAAAUGGAAUCACACGUUUAUGUGUGUUCUUUGGACGGCAGAAGGCCAAUGAUGUCUUAUUGUCCCACAUGAUCACUUUCCUCAAUGAUAAGAAUGAUUGGCAUCUCCGGGGUGCUUUUUUUGACAGCAUUGUUGGUGUUGCUGCCUAUGUUGGAUGGCAGAGCUCUUCUAUCCUAAAGCCUCUGCUACAGCAAGGCCUCAGUGAUGCUGAAGAAUUUGUCAUUUUUAAGGCUCUCAAUGCCCUUACCUGUAUGUGCCAGUUAGGACUGUUGCAAAAACCUCAUAUCUAUGAGUUUGCUUGUGACAUUGCACCCUUUCUGUGCCAUCCCAAUCUUUGGAUACGCUAUGGGGCAGUGGGAUUUAUAACGGUAGUAGCUCAUCACUUGAACAUUGCCGAUGUCUACUGCAAGCUAAUGCCUUACCUCCAUCCGUUUAUCACUCAGCCAAUAAUACAGAUUGAUAAGGAAAUUGUUCUCCUCAGUGUUCUCCAAGAGCCUGUGAGCCGCUCCAUCUUUGAUUAUGCCUUGAGGUCCAAAGAUAUUGCUAGCCUUUUCAGACAUCUGCAGAUGCGGCAGAAGAAACGGAAUGGCUCUCUCCCCGACUGCCCCCCACCCGAGGAUCCGGCUAUAGCACAGCUUCUGAAGAAAUUGCUCUCACAGGGAAUGACUGAGGAGGAAGAAGACAAGCUUUUAGCACUGAAGGACUUCAUGAUGAAAUCCAAUAAGGCUAAGGCCAAUAUAGUGGACCAGAGUCACCUGCAUGACAGCAGCCAGAAAGGAGUCAUUGACUUGGCUGCUCUUGGCAUAACUGGGAGGCAAGUGGACCUUGUUAAAACCAAGCAAGAGCCAGAGGACAAGCGAGCCAGGAAACAUGUAAAACAGGAUUCAAAUGUCAAUGAAGAAUGGAAGAGCAUGUUUGGGUCGCUGGAACCAGCUCACAUCCCCCAGGCCCUCCCGAAAGGACACGGGCCAUCAAGUGAUCAGGAAGCCACUCAGACAGGCAGACCUCUUCGUUCUGAGUCUUCGGCUGGCCUUGGCAUAACCCUGUCAUCUUCUCCACAGGCUCCUGAAAUGUCAGCCCUCCAAAUUAGGAAACCUGCAGGACAGGUGUUAAGCAGCACGGUUUUACCUUCCACCUACCAAAUACGCGUCACGACCUGUAAGACGGAGCUUCAGCAGCUGGUCCAGCAGAAGCGAGAGCAAUGUCACGCGGAAAGGAUAGCCAAGCAGAUGAUGGAGAAUGCUGAGUGGGAGAGCAAACCACCACCACCAGGAUGGCGGCCCAAAGGCCUGCUGGUUGCACAUCUUCAUGAGCACAAGUCUGCAGUGAACCGCAUUAGAGUCUCUGAUGAGCAUUCCCUCUUUGCAACAUGUUCAAAUGAUGGCACAGUGAAAAUCUGGAACAGUCAGAAAAUGGAAGGGAAAACUACGACCACUAGGUCAAUUCUAACAUACACACGUAUUGGAGGACGUGUCAAGACACUCACGUUUUGCCAAGGAUCCCAUUAUCUGGCCAUUGCUUCUGAUAAUGGUGCCGUGCAGCUUCUUGGGAUUGAAGCUUCCAAGUUACCUAAAUCUCCUAAAAUACAUGCCCUUCAAAGCAGGUUUUUAGACCAGAAGGAGGAUGGGUGUGUUGUAGAUAUGCAUCACUUCAACUCAGGGGCCCAGUUAGUUCUGGCCUAUGCCACAGUGAAUGGCUCCUUGGUUGGCUGGGACCUCAGGUCUUCAAGUAAUGCAUGGACAUUGAAGCAUGAUUUGAAGUCAGGUCUCAUUACCUCAUUUGCUGUGGACAUCCACCAGUGCUGGCUGUGUAUCGGUACAAGCAAUGGGACUAUGGCUUGUUGGGACAUGAGAUUCCAGUUGCCAAUUUCUAGUCAUUGUCAUCCUUCGAGGGCCCGAAUCAGACGCCUCUUAAUGCAUCCUUUGUACCAGUCAUGGGUAAUUGCAGCUGUUCAAGGCAACAAUGAGGUAUCCAUGUGGGACAUGGAAACUGGUGACAGACGCUUCACUCUCUGGGCCAGCAGCGCACCACCUCUUUCCGAAUUACAGCCUUCCUCACACAGCGUUCAUGGCAUCUAUUGCAGUCCUGCAGAUGGAAACCCUAUCCUUUUGACAGCGGGCUCUGACAUGAAGAUAAGAUUUUGGGAUCUGGCUUACCCAGAGAGGUCCUAUAUUGUUGCUGGAGGUAGUAGUUCACCAUCUGUUUCCUACUAUAGGAAAAUCAUUGAAGGCACAGAAGUCGUCCAGGAAAUUCAAAACAAACAGAAGAUUGGACCUACAGAUGACACCCCUCGAAGGGGCCCAGAGUCUCUCCCUGUUGGCCAUCAUGACAUCAUUACGGAUAUCGCAACUUUCCAGACUACACAAGGCUUUAUAGUAACUGCGUCGAGAGAUGGCAUUGUGAAAGUGUGGAAGUAGAAACUGCACUGAUUUGUAUAAUUUCUAAUAAGGAAAUAAAUCAUAUACUACAAUUUUCUAUAUAAAACAGUAUUUUUAGAAAACAGAAUUAUGGAAGAUGGAGGUGAAAAGUCUUGUCAUUAGUGUUGUUGCCUUACGUUUAACCCAGCUUUCGGGAUCGUUGUGUUCUGUUCAGUGUGGUGGCUGAGUGAGUUGAGAAAACCAUACCUGAGGUGGUCAUGAAGUGAUCAGUGGCAUGGGAUCUAAUGCCUUCCACCUUUCUUUGAGGAAGCACUAGGAGAGUCACGUCAGAUUGUGGACACGAUGAAUUUGAAGUGCCAGCAUAGAGCAGCGUAUUCAUCAGCUGGUUUUCCUUUGAAUCAGUUCAGUUCAACAACUGUUUAUUCCUUGAAAAAGAUAUCACGAAACGUUGCCCUCCGAGUCCCAUCUGCUCUGUUCAGCAUGCUUGAAAAUAAAUGCCACUUGACAUGU